AUGUUCUACAAAACACAUCGCUCGCCGCUCGCCAAGCUACGACACCACAAGCCCGGGCAGGGCCCCCCCACCAUGUCGACCUCUUCCUCCGGAUGGGAUGCGCCCGAGUACGCCGACCUCUUCUCGCGCGACAAGGUGAAAUUGAAGGCCGCCGUCAAGAAAUACGUGGCGAGCCGCGUGCGCGACGAUUGGAGCUUCACGUGGUCACCCGAGGAGCGAAGUGAGCCCACGACGAGGACAGACGCAGCAGCCACCGCCGCACCACCCCUACCUGAGCGACUCGAGCAGCGAGAUCCUGCCAAUGUCCAGGACGAGACGCACGAAGACGAUGGAUACGAGGUCGAUACCGACCCCGAUGACGACAUCAAUUUAGAUCUUGACAUGGACCACGACAGCGACGACGCACGCUCGGUGUACAGCAUCGUCUCGGACGAUCCCACACGCUACAAGCCUCGCAUCGAGUGGGACUCGGACUAUGCGGUCGACGAAGACGCGCUGCCUCCCACAGCUCGCGCAAACACAGCGGGCCUAGACGAGGACGAGACGAAAGCCAGGCGCAGGACACAGCAGAGGCGAGAUUUGCGCAAGGAGAUGGAGUGGAACCCUGGGCUCGCCUGCUUUGAAGCGCGACGCAACGCAUGGACAGAGGCGAGGGUCGUUCAGCUGCGCCCCAAGCCGGAGACACCGACAAACUCUUCAUCGCCCGCGAGCCAACGCUCGUCGCGUCGGCGGUUCUUCCGCCGUUCUGUCUCGUCGACGUCGUCCGCUGGCACAAUCAACCAGCCGGGUGCAUCAUCCUCCGCCCGGGUGGAGCGAUCACCGCCGAGAGAAUCAGAGAAUGACACCAGCAAGACGUCCAACUCGGGCUCGUUGGAGCACGGGCGGUACCCAGUAGAGACCAUUGUGCCCGUGGCAGCACCCAUUCUCCCACCGCAAUGUCUGCUGCGGGCGGGCAUCCAGCCAGACAACUACCUAAAACUGUACGACAAGUGCAUACUCGACAAUCAGCAGCCAGCGUGUCCCGUAAAUCUAUCCGACACCAUCAACGCACUUGUCAUGGGCUGGAAGCGCGACGGCGAGUGGCCCCCUCGUCCCGCCAUCCCCAAUGACUUUCCGCAAAGAGCAUCGACUGGGCCGAUCGAAGCGGGUGAGCGGCGCAAGAGCUUGACGGGCUUGCUGUCACGCGAUAGGACGGCCGAGGCGCGCGCCGGCAAGGGUGUUCGGCAGAGUCUGUCUCGCGCCUUGGGGCUGGGCACCCAUGUGGAAGCACCGGGGGGGUCCAGGCCGACCAUGGCGGGCUAG